CUGAGUAAAUGCUCAAGCUUUGCCAUGCUAAGUCAAGUGAGCACUACUGCAAUCCUGAUCGGUUGAAGAGAGACAGUGUGAGAGAGUGAGAGUGAGAGAGAGAGCAAGCAAGAGAGUGAGAGACUACACUGGGACUUAAGCUCAGUGAGCUCUCGUUGAUUGAUCCGACAAGGUGUGCAAUCCUCGCGUGAAUGCUCACAGGAUUACACCCACUGGAGAGAGUUUUGGAAGAGUCUCGGAAGAGUUGUUGUUGUUGUUGAUGAUAGUUGGUUGGUUAGUUAGUUUGAGGGGAUUGCGAAGCGGUACGAGGAUUGCAACGUGCAUCGGAGCUUGAGGGCAUUUUCUGAGGUUAGAAUCGGGUGCAUUGCAGUUUCUGUGGAGAGAGAGAGAGGGAGAGGCGGAAGUUGCGGUAGUGCGGUCUUGUGUCGAUCGCGUGAGUGAAUUCGGGUGUCGGAAUUUGGUUAUUGUUCGCUGGGUUGUAGCAAGCAAGGAGCAGCACGGGUAAUGCGGGUGUUCUUGGAGAGGUCGAAGCGGGAUGAGAGUAUGAUUUCUCGUCGUGAAUGCGUGUAGUGUGCGGAACGAGGGGGGAUUUCCGGAGGUUGGUGGGUGUGUGUGUCUGUCUAAUGCUGGUCUCGAAAUGGAGGUGUCUGGGAGGGUGUGAGACCAGGGAGGUCGAUUAAUUGUGUGUAGAAAGAUGUGUCCGACAAUGUGGCAAGAAGGUUGGUCGCAGAGUUUGUCACUGAGGCAAUCCACUUCACUAAGCAUCUCAUGGACUGUGGUGCUCACAUGGUGACAAUGCGAGCUGCUUGAACGGCAAGCCUUUGGUUAGGAAGGUCGUGCAUACUCUGAUAAUUCUUCGGAGUUUACAGCAGCCAUUGUAGCAACCUCAAGGAAGUAGCCUCGCUCAGUAGCCACCGAUUCCAAUUCUUCAGAGCUUGUCGGAGAGUCUCACUCAUACAGAUCACCCACAGUCGGCCAGUCAAUAUGUACUUGUCACACUUGGGAGACGAGUAUCAUUUUUGAUGAAACGGAUCGACCAAGACGCCUUGCGUCGAGCAUAGAGAUUGAUGCUAACACGGCAAGAAUUGCUCCUCGGCGCUAGUGUGAGAGCAACCAAACGACCCGAAAUGUUGAGCGACGUUGCCGUCAUGUGCGCUCCUAGAGCUGAGACAAUGGGUGUUCGGUCCAAGAUGGAGCCGUGGUCCCUGCACGAUGACUUCUCACUUGUGAACGAGUCAGGAUCGCCUCUGAGUACAGCCAUCUCCACGUCCUUUUGGGACCAGUUGUUGCAGAACAAAGUCGACUCCAACACCUUGUUUGCCAUGACUGCCUCACCUGCGGAUAGAGGCCUUCAGCCUUCGACUCCUACGUUUUAUUCGUAUGCUCGUGACACCAGCCAAGGUAGUGACAGCACUGGGUCAUCCUCCCAUAGCGAUCAACAAGAGGAGCGCUGCAAGAGGCGGCGUAUGCUGCAGUUCAAUCCUGGAGUGAACACAGGUGGCUUUGCCCGAGAUUCACCUUCUUCUUAUGAACGUGUCAUCGGCUCGCCGACAACUACCUACUCCUCCUACUCUUCUUAUUCUCCGUCCUACGAGAGCUCGCCUCUUUCUACAGUGUACAGCGGCGAUGACUACAUGUUGCCACCUUACGAUUCGUCACCUGGUUUGACAACCUCGGCAUGGUUUCCUGGCUCUGACAGUAUUAGCUCUUGUGUGCUUCCCAAUCCGCCACAACAACCUGUUGACAACUGGACGUUGUUGCAGACUUUGGAGAAGAGCCGACCCUACUGUGUUCCAGCACAAACGAAAGCUUCUGUGCUGCCGCUCGACACUUACAACUUCAAUAUUCUCCGAGAGCUUUAUGGACUACAAGCUUGGAAACGGCCAUUGCUACCCAUGCCACUGUCCGACACCUCCCAACAACACAUACUGCCACCAUUGCAACACCAGCAACCUUCACGGCAAGCUAUCCAACCGAAACAAGAAGUUGGAGCAUCGCAAAACGCUCUUUCGCCUUUCUCAAAGCCUCCCACACCUGGUCGGAGGCGCUCUGCAGAACCCACCGCACCCAAAACCAAGUCACCCAAACCGGUUGCAUUGCCCUUCACCAUGCUGAAACCCUCUGCUGCUCAAGGCGAUGUGACGUUGAAUGAUAUCAACAAGAUCUUGCUGAGCCCGCCACCGUCACCGACAGACCGACCUUUCUCCAGUCACGAGAACAAAAGACCUCGCAGUCCUCCGGGAGCUGGUCUGUCUGGGAAAUCUGUGGUGGCGUGCACCAAGAUACACACAGAAGGCGCUGGCACCAUCACGAUCAUGAGAACCAAGGGGUGACGGCGGCUAAUCUCUUCCUCUCCAUGAUCCUCUGAUCCUUCCGGUGACCAAUUCGUCGAGACUUUCCAUGGCGAGACCGACGGAGGCACUGCACCCAAGGGCGGACGAUAACGGUGAUGAGCCUCCUGCAACAGCCUUGACCCAGGUUUGCAAGCAUCCACACGGCUUGACGCAAGACCAGUUGAGUGUACAAGUAUUUCCCGCUUCAACCCCUGACCCGUUGAUCGACAGCCCUCGUGGUACUUCGAAGAAGACGUUAAGGCUGCGCAACUGAGAUUACUGUAAAUUGGCUAAAGCUCUCUUGCGUGCUGCUCAACGAUUCAAGCUUAAACAUCUCACUAGUGUUCUUCAAAGCCAGGCCCCGCGAGGACCUCCCCCAUUUGUAAAUUAGUAUGUCGAUGCAUUGCUUGCCAAGCAUCUAAGACAGUCUUCAAUGAUUUGUUCCGAUCCUAUUCAAUUGCACAGAUUCAAGUGCAGCUAUUAUCCCGAUCGUGCCUGUGUUCUGUCGGCAAACAGGAACCGGUGUCGGUGGAGCCCAGUCCCAUGCGGUGGCGUUGUAUCAUUUACAUGCUGAUGAACUGUGAUUCUUCUUCAUUUUUCUUCUUAUAAACUAUUCCUCUUUACACUGCA